AUGACCAGUAGUAAGACCAACUCUUCUGCGACAAAGACGGGAAAUAGUGCUAAUUCGAUUCGCGUCACAGUGCGUCGCCGAGGAAACCCAGGGUCGCCAUUGAAGCGCUCCACCACAACUCCCGAUUUGCGAUCCAGGGCAGCGCAGCUUCUGAGCGACGGCAUUGACGAUGACGAAGAUGAGGACGAGGACGAGGAGACGUUGAAACUCAAGUUAGCGGCCAUUGAGGCGCGACUUAAGCUGAAACAGCUUCAGAAGAGUCGUGCAAAGUCUGGAACUCCAGCGCACGCCCCACAUGACGAAGAUAGUGCUCUUGCGAGACCUGGGUCAGCAGUGAGCUACUCGACACAGUCACAUACCUAUCUAUCAAGGAGCCGAGCCGAACGGAGCACACAGCACGACGCUUCUCUGGACGACGUGCAAGUUCCGCUCUCCCCGACACGACGGCCGACGGUUUCGGCAGACCCAGUCUCCCCGCGGAGAUAUAUCUUAGGCAUUGAUAAAGGCCUCAAGUCAAGGGAUGUAUCUCUCAAGCGCCCUCCGAGUUCGAAAGGAGCUGGUCAGUCGACUGCGACACCCGGCUCCCGGACAUUGGCCGGUCGCGACGGUUGGGUUUCGCAUUCGAACAAACUUUUACAGACAGUCACUGCGGAUCACGAACGUGGUCGUCCGAAGAGCUUCAGCGAGCGCAUGGCAGAGAGUCGAUCCGAGGAAAAAUUGCAGAAAGACCGAGCCGAACGAGCUGAGCGCAUUCGAGCUAACCGGAGCACGGCGUUUCAGAUCGACAAGAAUGAGGUGGAGGCAUUCAAAACGGCUGCUGAGGCGAAGAAGAUCGAAUCCCCACGAUCGCCAACUCGAAGCAGACCCAAUGAGACUUUCAGUCGUGAGGACGUCCUGCGGUCAUAUGGCAAGCUCAAGCCGUCCCUGAAGCGGAGCCAGACUCUCCCUAGUGUACGGCAUCAAGACAGCGAUGCCGAGCAAAAGGAGUCGAGGCCAUACUUGCACCGACGAAACCUCAAGUCCGAAUCGGAAGCGCAUGGUUUUUUGCCGGGGAGCUCCCAGCAGAGCACUAAUGAUGAGUCUCAGGAGGAGAACGGCGGCGACUCGUCAAAAUUCGAGGCCUUCUCUGGUUUGCACAUGUCGAACCGAAUUCUUCCCCAUUCAUUCCUCACCCGCACACUCGAAGACAAGAAGGUCCUCCGCAUCCCUGAUCUCCUUCGAACCGUCAAAGGGCCUAGCUUCGAACUGCCUGAGGAAAUCGACACAGACUACGUGGUUUUUGGCAUUGUAGCUUCCAAGUCCGAGCCCAGACAGAUAAAGUCGAACAAGAACGCCUCUCAGAAGGACGCCGACCCCUUUGACGACGGCCUCAACAACACCAACUCAUAUAUGGUCAUCACCCUGACCGACCUGAAAUGGACCAUAGAUCUAUUCCUCUUCGAGACUGCCUUUCCACGAUACUACCGGCUUUCCGAGGGCAUCCUCGUCGCCAUCUUGAACCCCACGAUUAUGCCCCCUCCCAAAAACAAGACUGACACCAACAAAUUUAGCCUCGCCAUCUCUUCCUCCGACGACACGGUCCUGGAAGUUGGAUAUGCGCAAGACCUAGGAUUCUGCAAAGCCACCAGAAAAGACGGCAAGACGUGUCAUGCAUGGGUUGAUGGACGCAAGACCGAAUUCUGCGACUUUCACGUGGAUCUCCAGGUCCGGAAAACUCAGGCUGGGCGGAUGGGCGUGAACAACGGACCAGGCAUGUAUGGACCGGGCGGACGUUCCGGCCCUCGAACUGGCUACUUCACAGCCGGUGGUGGUAAUGGCGGUGGGAAGCGGCCCGGGCAACGAAACGGCCUGAAACCAACCGGCGCUCAAUACGACUCCGGAUCACAGACCCUGUACUAUGUCGCGCCUGCGCCUAAGACUUUUAGCAGAGGAGGCCUGGGUGGUGGAAACAUCCAUCGUCAGCAGCAUCCCCUCGGCCAGUCCGCAGCGAGUCUCAUCGACGCCGACACCGACGACCCUUUCAUCGCCGCAGGCCGGAUGGGGCGUGGCAAGGACAGCAAGGAAGAACGAUUUCGCAAACGUCUUGCGGACAGACAGCGGGAGAAAGACAUCACCGAGAAGCUCAUCACCCGGACCAGCGGCGUAGGCGCAGAGUACCUGCGCGCGCGGGGCAACGAGAGCGUCGUUCCCGCUUCGCGUCCCAGCGACGCCGCGAAGAGCCAGUCCACCAAGGCCGCCGGAGACAGGGACUCAGCAGCCACCACCCUUGGCCUAGCAAGCCUACGCAAAGCAGCGGCCGUCAACCUCAGCCCCCUGAAGCGCGCCCACGACGGCGGCGGCGACCGAGCGCUCGGCAGCAGUGCAGUCAAGAAGACUCGCUUCAUCACGUCCCACGGCAUCAAGGAAGCAGGGAGGGACAGCCUAGGCGGGAAAUUCGAAAUGGUAUCCACGACCCAUCAUGAUGAUGAUGACGACGACGACGACGAUGAACUAGACAUUGUCUAAGCCGAACUCUAUAAUAAACCCGAGA